AAACAUUCACUAUCGAACAUCGAAAGAAAGUGCAAAAGAGAUUUAAUAAAAGUGCAUAUUUUUUAAGAAAUAUAAGAGUUUUUACAGCGAAAAAACAUAAAAACGACAACGCAGAGAACAAUAAACACAAUUGUUUUAAAAAGCUUGCCACAAAAUUUAUCGAAUAUUGCAAAGCAAAGUGUUAAAGAACUCGAAAUUAUGCAAGUUGGUGGUUUGAAUAAGAAUCAACGCAAUGAACAUCAGAAGAAAAACAAAUAAAACUGUACUUGGUGGUGGUUGCUGUUGUUGCAGUGGUGCUCGCUGAACGAAGGAAGGAACGAGCGGACAACAGCGGCAGAGCGCCGUACACUUAUGCUCUUGUGAAAUAUUGUAUUGAUAAAGACAGGCAAAACAGGACGCAGUUUGGAUUUCUCAUGAAUAAACAAAGUGAUAAAUAAUGUGAAUGGUUUGCGCAUUGAAACAAUGUAAUUUUCGUGUGUCAUAAAAGAGAAAAGCACCAUAGAGUUACAAAACACAAUAAGCUUACUUAAAAACAUAUUGAGGUAUGGCUCCACAACAACAACCGCCACCUCACAACACCGCAGCAGGCGUAGUUUCACCACCAACAGCAGCGGCGGCUGCAGCAUCACAUGUGGCAGUUGAACCAAAACAUUCCAAUCCCUUUUACAUAUCGGCCCAUUAUUUGUGUCAUAACAAACGCUUAAAGCUAAAACGUUCUAAAUAUGUGGAGAUCUUUCGCCGGGCCCUUAAGCAAGCCGAAAAGGCUUCAUCAUCUGUUCGCAAUAAAAAUAAGACUGAUAAACGUCGUCAAAAGCUAAAUUCUCUAAGAGCUGAAGUUACAAUAGAUUUGCUGUCCGAUGAUGAGGAAGAAGGGCAAAGAGCAACGACAAUGCAUGAAAAUGUUUUUGCGGGGAAAAUGUGCUUGGAAAGGGCAGCCAUACUGGGCUUAAUGCCCGUGGUGCGUAUGUCGAAUGGGCCCAUCCAAAUUGAACCUCCUCCCUUGGUGCCGUUGAGUAAACAAAAGCAAACCAUAAAUCGAGCCCAACAACAGCAACAAAGUCAUUUGUCAAAUCAAAGAAGAUCAUUGCAAAUUCCACCACCAUCACAGCUAUUGGCAUUACAAGCACAACAAACGCAGCUGCAGCCCCAGUAUCAACGAAAACAACAACAACAGCAGCAGCUGCAACAACAGCCAGCCCGUAAACGUAAAUCACGACCACAGCGUCGUUCUUUGCCCGUUCUACUCAACAAUGAAAGUAUUGUCCUCAGUGAUGAUAGUGAUAGCGAACAAAGAAAUGGUCUGCUAACACAACAAUCACAAUUUAUUGCUGUACAUCCUGACUUAGCUGUAAUAUAUCCAACUAACCAAUCAUCACCUUGUCAACCGGCCUUCCCGGCUACCACUACAACUAUUCCUGCCUCUUCACCUGCACACUGCAAUACAUCGGUAGUAUUAUCAUCAAACUCCAUGCAAGUUGAUGAAGAUGUAACAAUAUCACUGGUACCACGUUCACUUAAUGCCACUACAUGCGCUCGUACCACAUCUUUGGCGUGCUCGAUUAAUAGUCCUAACAGUAAUGUAAAACAGUCAUCACCAGAUCAACAACAACAUCCACCUCCCCCAUUUCCCAUGUUACCGGAUGAGACAACCGUUCAUACAGUCAUUGCAAAUCGUAUCUAUGAACUAUCCUUGACCAAAUUACGUGAAGGUUUGGCAUCCUGUGGCAUACCCGAGUUCAAUGAUGGCCAACAGAAAAUCUCACCAACACGGCGGAAAGGCAUGGUCCAAGCGCCACCUGUUGUUACACAGCCACAGGCGCCAAUUUCAUUGAAAUUGUCCAGUGAUUUGAGUAUUUCAUUGAUCUCAGAUGAUGAAGAUGAUGUCAGACAUCAUAAAAACACAAAUGCAGCAUUACUCAGUCCCGCCUUUUUGCAAAAGUUACCUGUCAAUGUUUCGAUAGCACCUGUCGUAACUAUUUCACCACAUCCCAAUGGUGCAGCAGCACCUUCGAUGGUGGGAACGGCUGCAACGUUAUUGGAUCCCAGAAAACUUAAAUUUGGAUAAAUCUUGUAUGAAAAUAAAGCGAAUCUAAGACGACCAGUCAUGCACCUUCUUUACACAAACAGUAAAUUCACUUAGAUUUUGUGGUCAUUUGAGACCGAGAAUAUACCAAUGUACAUUUUUUUAGUUAGGCCGCUGGGAAAGGCCACAAAGGAAAAUUGAAGAAAUUAAACCAAAUGGUAGCAAAUUUUGUAAAAAAAAUUAAAUUUCUAAUCAUCUACGAAUUGUUGCAUAUUAUUUGUUUGCAAAUCCCUCCAAAAAAUAGCAUUCCUAUCUUAAAGAAUAUAUUUAUAUAUAAACUAUUUCUGUUUGUACAAAAACCAUUUGGCACACAAAUCAAAAUUUAUCUGUAAUUUGUUUGGAAAUUGUUACAAAGACGACAUGAAAAUUAAUUCUGUGAUUUUCAAAAAAAAAAAAAAAAAAAACUAUCUAUUUUCAAGGCCUAUAAGAAAUGAAUAUAUAAUAAAAGAAAGCAUUUAUUUGAUUUGCAACAAAAUUUAAGUGAUUUGUUUAGCAUCAUCUCAUACCAUUCUCUUUUCACAAUUCUUUUGUUAGUUCAAUUUAAUUUUAAUAUGUAUAUUUUAUCCAUAUCUACUCAUGUCAUUUUCCAUAUUCUAUUCUAUAAAUGUAGGUAUUAAGCUAUAAUUACCCUCAAUUUGGUUCUUAAAUAUUUUGUCAUAUAUAUUUUUUUAAUAUAUAAUAAUGCAUAUAUACUUUCUAAACUUCUCGCCCUGUGGGAUGUCCUGGAGUUUGCUAGUGAUUUUAAAUUACAAAUUUUUCUUUCGUUUGCAUUCAACACCUGUAUCCGAACUCCAGUAUAUACGUUCUAUAUCAUCUAUUGUCGCAAGUAUUUCAAUUCCUUUUUCGAAUAAAA